AUGAAUCAUCAAGCCAACCUCCCUGUUAGCGAUCCUCCACGAUCAGAAUCGAAUUGCAUGGUUACCCCAACGGGCUUGAGAUCUGCUGUCCCCAAAUUGUGCCUCCCUUUCUACUUCCUAUCUAAAAUUGUGACAUCUGUCCUUCCACUUAAGCGAAUCAAAAUGCUCAACACAAGCAGAGAACUUUCUACAAGGGCAUUCCACAAAUAUAUAUGUUUUGUCAUCACCAUACUAGGUGUGUUCUUCCAACUGAAACAGGGAUCUGGAAAGGUAUCUCUAUUUGACGAAGACUACACGUCUUUUGUGAUACUUAUUGUUGCUAUAAUCGUUUACGGAGGGUCAUUAAUUGGUGGCACAUAUAUACGCAAAGCUCGCCUUAAUUUAGAUUUGGCAAUAUUUAUGGACAAGAUUAGCCUUCUUUUUGGAGCUCUUGCCUUGGUUUUGGAAUUGGUGAUCCUUGUUCCGGCUUUAGGGUUAUCUACCCUCCUCUUCUGGAUCGUUUGUUUUGGGAGUUUUAUAGCUGUUUACUCGUACCCAUUCCUCAAAACAUUGUUUACAAGGGCAGUUGGAGGAGUUGUUCACGCCUUUGAAAAUUUGAGAGAGUAUUUACCCGAUGCCUGCUGCUUCGCAAUGAAAUCCAAUGAGGAUCAAACUGGGUUACCCUAA